AUGGAUGAACUAAAGCCCAAGCAGGUGAAGGGGCUGGUGAAGUCUCUGAAGGUGAGGAACGCCCUGGUCCGAGAGUGCAUGGCUGAGUUCUUGGGAACCUUCGUCUUGCUGCUAUUUGGCUGUUCGGCCGCUGCGCAGGUGAAGACCAGCAGAGAGACUAAAGGCCAGUUUCUGUCAGUCAACAUGGCUUUCUCUGUGGGAGUGAUGUCAGCGAUGUACCUCACCAAAGGCAUCACAGGUGCCCAUCUGAACCCAGCGGUGACUCUGAGCUUCUGUGUGCUGGGCGAUGUGCCCUGGAGGCGGCUGGUGCCCUACUCCCUCUCCCAGUUGCUGGGAGCGUAUCUGGCAUCAGGACUGGUCUACCUGGUCUACUAUGAUGCAAUCAUGGACUUCAGUGGAGGUGUGUUGACUGUAUAUGGCCCAAAUGAGACAGCAUCAAUAUUUGCCACAUAUCCCUCAGAAUACCUCUCUCUCGGCAGAAGUUUUCUUGACCAGAUUGUGGGCACUGCCAUGCUUAUGUUGUGUAUCCUGAGUUUGGGUGAAACAAGGAAUACCCCUGCUCCCCCAGAGCUGAUUCCACCUAUUGUGGCCGUGAUUGUCCUCGGCAUCUCCAUGUCAAUGUCAGCUAACUGUGGGGCAGCAAUAAAUCCUGCACGAGACCUGGGGCCACGCCUCUUCACACUGACUGCAGGCUGGGGCACGGAGGUUUUCACGUGUUACAACUACUGGUUCUGGGUGCCACUGGUGGCCCCGAUGAUAGGAGGCGUUCUGGGUUCUGCGAUGUAUGUUGUCUUUAUUGAAUGCCAUCUGCCUGACCCAGAACCCCCCAAGGACCUCGCCAUGCCCUCCACCACCACUGAAGACAGCAAGCAGCCCGCCACAGUGAAAGAAAAUGGGGUGGAAUUAAAGAUGGUACAUUUCUGA